GGCAGCUUCAUUGAUUAUAAUGGGAGCGAUCCAACUGUGUCACGUCACGGCACUGGUUUCACAGGAGAACGCCAGUGUUUGAUGGAAAGAUGACACAAGAGGUCAGUGGUCAUCUCCAUCACUGUCUGUUUCUCUUGGACGCAUAGACACCAACAGUGUGGAAAAACAGAUAUUAAUAAGGUCGUCAGCAGGACCAUUGGUUUGAUAUUUAUCUGGUAACCACGGCCCAUAAAAGGGGCUCGCGGUCGGUGGGCGGAGAGGGAGGCGCUGGGAUGGAGAAAUGACAACAUCUCUGAGACGUUCUGAGAGAAGCUCCAUUCACGAUUGAAGUCUGAAGACAUUUGAAGUGUUGGAAGAAUCAUGGCCCCUGAAAGAAAACCCACGAGCGUCAGUCAGCAGAUCUCUUCGUCUCCGUUCUACUUCGCUCUCUACGUUAUUCUGGUGCUGCUGGGGAACAUAGGAAACACCACGGUCAUCGCGGUGGUCGGGGACAGCCUUCUGCGCGAGACGGGCGUCGUCCGAAGCUCUGACGUGAUUCUGGUCAACAUGGCUUUCUCCAACCUCAUGGUGUCUUUGGUUCGAAACACGGUCGUGAUGGUGUCCGAUCUGGGAGCGGAGGUUUUCCUCAGUAGAGAUAUGUGUCACAUUAUGAUGGGCAUCUGGGUUUGGCUGCGCUCUGCCAAUGUUUGGUCGACGUUCUUUCUCAGCGCGUUUCACUUCCAGACGUUGCGUCGGAUCGCUCCGCCCGUCAUCACCCUGCACGGCCCCCGCGGGCCCCCUGGGUCCCUCAUCCUCGGCUUCGUCCUCGUCUGGAGCCUCAAUCUCAUCUACGCCAUCCCAGCAUUCAUCUUCUCCAAGAACGGAGAUGAGAACUCCACCGAGACGCUGAUGUUGGUGAGCAGCACCACUCGGCCGCUGAUGGGCUGUAUUUGGGACUUUCCGUCGGCCUACAGCGGCCUGGCCUUCGCCACCUCCUCCAUGGUGAUCCACGAAUCCCUUCCCAUCUGCCUGAUGAACAUCACCAACCUGGGCUCGCUGCUGACGCUGUACACUCACGGACACUCGCGCAACGUUGCCAACAAGAGUCAGGACGCGCCGGUCAUCACCCGGAUCCCCGCAGAGCAACGGGCGGCUAAAGUGAUUUUGACUCUAAACGUCCUCUUCAUCUCGUCUUGGGGAACGAACGUCAUCUCCGUUAACUACUUCAACUAUAACCGUGGAUCUUCCACGGAGUUCCUGCUCAUCAUCGCUCGCUUCGCCAACAUGAGCUUCAUCGCGUUCUCGCCCGUCGUCCUCGCCGUGGGCCACAGGAAGCUGCGGGCGUUCAUAAAGUCAGUCCUGUCGCGUGUCAUCUCUCUGUUUGGAUAGAUGUCAGAUAUCAGAGACACGCUGCGUUAUGAAAUUGUUUCAGCUGUCGCAUCUGAAUUCUCAGGUCUGUAAGUGUCAGUCAAUCUGAAUUCUCUGUGACUGAAGAAAAGUCUUUUGUUUGGACAUUUUGGACUUCAUCAUGUUUGUCUUUGAGUGGUUUGUACUUGU